UAUAUUGUGAUUGAGUGUAGAAGAGCUCUAUUGGGUUAUUCACACAGAUCGACUACAACUUACCAAAAUCAUGGCUGAAUCGGCUGAUAAAAAGUACGAAGAGUUAUCAAACGUCGUAAACACAUUAAAUGAUAAACUAAAAGAAUUGGAAGAGAAACAAUCGUCAGAAAGAAAGAAAUCAUUUCAUUUCGAGCAGCGACUAACUGAGAUAGGAGAGCUGUUCAAUAGUUUUGUAAUAAGAACUGAGGUUUACGAAAAUGAAACGGGCAGCAAAAAUGAUACGGAACGAAUUAAAAAUGGUAUUCAAGAUCUUCUAACAAAAGUGAAAAGCCUUGAAGAUGAUGUAAAUGUAGUGACAGAAAAACAAACACAAAUUGUUUCAGAUUUAGAGAAAUGCAAUCAUCAAUGUAGAAGUUUCAAUGUUCAGCUAUCUGGGAAGAUACAGGCUUUGGAGACACGGAGCCAGACACAACGUGCGGGUUUCAGCGCUGAGAUCUCCAGCGGCGUCACUCUCAACGCCGGUGACGUCAUCACCCAGUUCGGUCACGUGACUUGCAAUGUCGGCGGCCACUUCAACCCCAGGACGGGCGAGCUGACGGUGCCCACACCUGGCCUCUACGGCGUCGGGCUGACGGUUUACAAACUGGCGGAGAAGCUUGUUACUAUUUAUAUACGACGCAGACACCGGACCCCUGACCCAGGCAGUAGUAGUGGUCACGUGAUGCCCGGUACGGAGAAGGAAGUCAAUGUGGCUACGGUUGCCAUCAACAAAUCCGACACCUGCGGCGCUGCUUUUGUUGCCACAGAGUUGAACCCAGGAGAUAAAUUGUUCCUGCAGAUAUACAGGGCUGAUAAGGGAUUGAAGUUUUAUUGUGGCUCUGUUUUUACUUGUUUUCAAAUAUGAUGUUUUAUUGUGGCU